AUGUGUACCUUUUACAAAAUUGCAGAUUGCCGUAUCCCUCAAAUUGAAGAUGCCGAGAUUCACAACAAGACGUAUAGACAUGGAGAUAAGUUAAUCAUCACUUGUCACGAAGGAUUCAAGAUCCGUUACCCUGACCUGUACAACAUGGUUUCACUAUGUCACGAUGAUGGAACGUGGGAUAACCUGCCCAUUUGUCAAGGUUGCCUGAGACCUCUAGCCUCUUCCAAUGGCUACGUGAACAUCUCUGAGUUCCAGACCUCCUUCCCAGUGGGGACUGUGAUCUCCUAUCGCUGCUUCCCUGGAUUCAAACUCGAGGGGUCUGAAUAUCUUGAGUGCUUACACAACCUUAUCUGGUCGUCCAGCCCACCCCGGUGCCUUGCUCUGGAAG